GUCUUGGGAGGAGUUUAAUGCUUGCACCUUAAUUCGGACUACUCAUAAUAUACGCGCGACCAAUCAGCCACUAACUUGCAGCGAGAAAACCUGCCAUGGACGGUUGGCAACCCGUACCUUAGUCAUAAGAAGGGGGACGGACCAUUGGACAGCUCUUCGGCUGUAUUAGGUUGUAUGAGUCCUGGGGCGACGAUAGAGAAGAAAAGGGCCAUGGGGAAUAAGGGCUCCAGCGCUCCGCCUGGCCCUCUUUUCCAAGACAAACAGUUCUGGUUAUCACAAAAUGUCCCCCAAAGAAGUAGAUUCAAAGAGCUCAUUCAGCAACAUGGGGGUAUCAUUAGGCUCCACGAGAAGGAUGCAGAUAUUAAAUUAGUCGAUCAUACCAGGAAGAAUCUCCCACCGGAUACAUAUUCAUAUCGAUAUGUCGAGUGGUCUGUCAAGAAUGGACAGUUGGAAGAUCUUGAAAAACACAGAGCUGGUCCAUCUGCAGCUCGCCCCGUCGGGGCCACACAUAUCCCAACCAGAAGCCAUAGGCUCCCGUUCACUCUGGAAGACGACCAGUAUCUCUGGGACUACAUGGCAGACUAUGAAAAAGUCCCAAACGCCCGUAUUCAGGGUAAUAGGAUUUAUCAGGAACUUGCCGCAAAGAACCCUAGACACACAUAUCAGUCAUAUCGUGAUCGUUAUUUGAAGAGACUCCGUGGGCGGCCGCGUCCGGGGGCUAUGCGAAAACCAGAUCAUCCCGCUUCCACGGCGGGGGACAGCCGCAGAGAAUCCUCAGGGCUAGAACGAACUCCACCAGAGUUACAUAGGGAGCAAUACCAAGACGAUCCCCCAGCUGCUCAUAUUACAGCGGGUAGAAAACGAAAGCGAAUCCCGGAACCCAGUAUCGAUCAUGAAUUGGACGGAACGCGCCUCAUGAGCCAAAAGAAGAGAGCGAUUGAUAAACCACCCAAAGAUACCACCCCUGUUCCGAUAUAUACACCACAGACCAAGUCCCCAAACAUUCAAGGAGGUCCGAUUUCAGCAAAUGCAAUAAUUAAUGAAACACUUAGCGCUCUGUAUCCUAACACGAACACACCAGGACCUGUACAGCCCCAAGAAUCACAAUCUCUGGCCCACGAUCCAGACAACACCAUCGAUCCUUUGUUUCUUGAACUGCCUUUUCUACCAUCAAGCCCAGAUCCUAGACCCGAAGAUCCGAUUGAGAAAGAUAUCGACGCAUGGAUUGAUGAUCGUCUGCGGAUAGGGAAAGCAGAUAACGAGGAGCAAAUAAUCGAGGCUUUGUGCUGCACCAGCAUGGACCCAUAUCUAGCCGACAAGGUUCUAGACUAUCUGGUUGCAGGAAAAGGUAUCCCCGAUAAUAUGGCCGGAGUAUGGACAGCUGAGGACGAUGAGUGUAUUGAAGCAGAAGAGACCCGACCCAUCGAACGGGUCUUGAAGAAGCAUGGCUCGGAAUCCUUCAACAGCCGGUGGGAGUAUCUUAGGAUGGCAAAAGCCGCUGGCCUCGAUCGCGCAGACGGGUAAGAUUCUGAAGCAUACAUAUAUCGAGCAAACCCAAAGUACAAUGAUCGAAGGCGAGGAAAUGGUUGUUAGCCCAGAAUAUCCGAUAGACGAUGGGAGAGCCCUGAGCUAUUAUGUCAAUGGUUUCCUCCCCUUUUUUUCUUUUCUCUCUCUUUCCCCUUUA